AUGGGUAUCAAGAUGGCAGAGUCCUCGUCGCCGCCAGCGGCAUCGACUACACAAGAUGAGGAUAUUCCUUUGCCCGAUGCACCACCAGCAAGUGGAGAUCAGGGGCCUGACGGCGAUACCGGCCUGGACAAUUCAAAUCAGAGAGCUGUCCCACUCGAAGAUCUCUUUGUUGAUGACGACGACGAUUCAGAGGAUAUUCUCGAAGAAUCGAGCGCAGCCAAUAUACCCUCUUCACCCCCGCAGAAUGCGCGCAGCUCGCCAGUAGAGACGGCUUCCACGACUCAGCAGGAAUCAUAUUCAGAUCCCCACCUAAUGCUACAAUUCUACUCCCGUCUAUUUCCCUUUCGAUCGCUUUUCCAAUGGCUCAAUCACUCUCCCAAGCCUGGUCCCGACUUCAGCAAUCGAGAGUUCGCGCUGACCCUGCCAAAUGAUGCCUACCUUCGUUAUCAAUCAUAUCCUACCGCAGACACGCUUCGAAAGGACAUCUUGCGUCACAAUCCAUCCCGUUUCGAGAUUGGUCCAGUCUACACCACCAACCCAAGAGAUCGGAAGACACUCAGAAAGAGCUCCAUGUUCCGACCUCUAAGCAAGGAAAUCGUAUUCGAUAUCGACUUGACGGAUUACGAUGAUAUACGAACGUGCUGUGAGAAAGCAAACAUCUGCUCCAAAUGCUGGACGUUUGCAACAAUGGCCAUUAAAGUGGUUGAUGUUGCUUUACGAGAAGACUUUGGCUUUGAGCACAUCAUCUGGAUCUAUUCUGGACGUCGUGGUGUCCACGCAUGGAUUAGUGACAAAGAGGCUAGGGAAUUAGAUGAUGACAAGCGCAAAGCCGUUACCGGAUACUUCGAAGUCCUAAAAGGAGGAGUUCAGAGUGGAAAGAGGGUCAACCUCAAACGACCUCUUCACCCUCACAUCGUUCGAAGUCUCGACAUAUUGAAGCCGUACUUUCAGCAGGUCUUGGUCGACCAAGAGCCAUUCUUGUCACAAGCGGGACAAGAUCGGCUCCUCCAGUUACUACCAGACAGGGCCCUGAAUGAAGCAUUAAUUAAGAAGUGGGCGAGUAGCCCAAACCGACCGAGCACACGAAAAUGGGCCGAUAUCGAUUCCAUGGCAGAAACCGGCGUCAGCAAGACUCUCGAUCCGAAAGCUUUGAUCCAAGCAAAACAGGACAUAGUGCUCGAAUAUACCUAUCCCAGACUUGAUGUGGAAGUCGGAAAGAAAAGAAUCCAUCUUCUGAAAAGUCCCUUUGUCGUGCACCCCGGCACAGGAAGAGUUUGCGUACCCAUUACAGCUGGAGGUAACAUGAAGCGCGCGGAGUCAUUUGACCCAUUGAGAGUACCAAAGGUCAAUCAACUUCUCCGAGAAGUUGAUCAAUUUGGCAGUGCUGCAGACGAAGAGCAGUCGAAUGGAUAUGUCGAGGAGGGCGUAACAAUGAGAAAACUGAAUGAUUGGGAAAAGACGAGUCUCAAGCCUUUUGUCGAAUUAUUUGACGGAUUUGUAAAAUCAUUACUCAAGAGUGAAACGGUUCGAGUCAAACGAGAAAGAGAUGACAGUGGAAUGACAGGAGCUGACGGUAUGGAAUUUUGA